AUGAAUUUGAUAGAAUAUGCUACGAAGCUCAACAUAACCAACUUUGUCUGUGGUGUCGGAGGCGCUUGUAAUGCCGGACAGCCUUGUUACCCACUUGAAACCGUCGAUUGGUACAUUUUAUUUGCGGUUCAACAGUGGAAUUCUUACAUGAACGUUUAUUACGAAGCAGCGGGUUAUGGAAUUGCAAUCGUCCAAUCAAGCAUCAAUGCAUUAAUAGCAUCACUUUUUCCUGCAAGUGACACCACAGCGAUACAGAACGUCAAGGCAAACCUUGGAAUCCAGGCAUCCUUGUCACAAGUGACUGGAACAGUGAUGAUGGAUUUCAUGCUUGCUAUUGGUUCAACAUCUGGACCCUGGUUUGCUGCUUUUGAUAUCCUCAACUUUCUCCUGACAGCAGUACAAGGAGCUGCCGCGUUUGCGAUCAAGGAGCCGCCAGCUCCUCUGCAAGAUGGGUUUUACCAGUGGUCGAACGUGGCUUAUUAUCUCUCGCAAUACGAGGAUGUUAUCCACAAGAACCUAGCCGAAGAAGGCAAAAGAAGGAUCGCCGCCGGAAUCAGCACCGAUCAAGGUAUAUUUGGGAUUGUCAAGGAUGGGACCUUCUUAGAACCAGCGAAUUUUCCUUCACUGCCUGAAUUGGAAGAACAGAUUCGUAAUAUUACUUUAGCGUUGGGCGUGAACAUGUUAUUGCAUUCAAUCAAUGCAUUCAUAACUGUGGGCUCAGACCCCUGCAACGACAAAGGGAAAAACGGCGCCUGGCCCGAAGGAACACGCCUUUCGUGGUGUGACAAGCCUGGUGGAACGAUGCAUAACAUUGUUAUUGCAAAGGAUGAUAAGACGCACAAUGAUAUCAAUAAUGCCAAUGUCAUAAAUGAUUCCUUUUCAAUAAGUACUGAAUUGAUUGUCACUUCAUCAAUCAAAUGUCAGAACUUCAACAAAGGUUGGAACUACGUUCCCUGGGCCCAAGACAAGGGAGCUUUGCCUAAAACUGCAGAUUCAGACUGUGUUUUCAAUCUUCCAGUCUGCUAUACUCAAGAUGGGGAUGUGCAUAAGAAGAUACACAAGAAAAAGUGGACAACAGCCAAAGCUUGCAAGCAUAGUGGCCUUCCCCUGGAGUGA